AUGAGUCCUCUCCUCUUCCGCCCUCUUUCUCUCUGUCCAACUCGUUCACCCCCUCCUCCCUCCUCUCCUGGGCACUCACUCUCUCCCCCUCUCUCUCCUCCUCCCCCUCCCUCCCCCUCCCUCCGCUCUCCUCCUCUCCACUCUCUUUCUCUCUGCCCCUCAACCUCACUCCCGCCUCCCUCUUCUCCUCUCCUCUCUGCCAUCUUCCUCUCUGCCCCACUCAGUCACACCCCCCCCUCCCUCCUCUCCCAGGCUCUACCUCUCUCUCCCUCCCUCUUCUCCUCCCCCUCCCUCCUAUCCUCUCACUGCCUCUUCCUCUCUGCCUCUGUUCCAUUAUCCAUUGCACGUGGUUUGCUGUCUUGUUUGCAGAUGGCAUACACGUAUAGCAAAUGCCCAGCACAGGCAUCUUUUGACACGGCACAGGCUCUUGCUUCACACCAGCGAAGCCAGGCGUGCAGGGCCGUGAGACUGCCUGCGGUUGCAUCGAGUGGUAGCAAUCCGUACCUUCUACCGUGA